GAGAUGGUGGAGAGCAUUCUCUCUACAGAGAUGACGUCUGUGACCACAGCUGCCCAGAUGCUGCUGGACCAGAUGUAUUAUCUAGAGGAAGUGGGCUGGUUUCAAGCUUUUCUGGACACCCUGCUGGCCUCGGAGUACACCGGACUGCACGACGCCAUUAAAGAGUGGGACUUCAAGAAGUUAGAGGAGCUGAACGAACACAGGAGAUUUCUGGAAAGGAUCGAACCGUCAAUCACGAAGCACAUGAAGCCCAGCGAGCUGCUCGCGCACAUGAACGGCUGUCUGAAGCCCAGAGAGUGUGAGGAGAUCCGGGCGGAGGAGAGUCAGCGCGGUCGUAUCGCUGCCAGUGAGAAACUGGUGAUGAGUCUCCUGCGCUCAGACAAACCCAACUGGUUCAAACUGCUGAAGAUCGCUCUGGAAAACUGUGACUUAGACGAGGCUCGAGACAUGCUGGAGACAAAUGGAGGAGGUGUGGAGGUGAAGGCCGGUGAAUGGGACGGAGAGGCGGAGGACGUGAUGACGACCGUGUGCUUUGAGUUCAGAGAGGAGGCCGAGACUGAAGACGUGCUGCUGAGCCUCAACAACCUCACGGUCACAGAGGAACCUGGCGGCUUCACAGGGAAACCUGAGCGAUCAGGUGAGCGCAAGCUGAGAGAAUACCAGAAGGAGCUGACCGCCGCGGCCGUCCAGGGCCAGAACACCAUCAUCUGCGCUCCCACAGGAUGUGGAAAAACCAUAGUGGCCCUGGCCAUCUGUGAAUAUCACCUGAAGCAGUUUCCUGAAAGAGCAAAGAUCGUGUUUCUGGCGACCAAGGUCGAAGUCUAUGAACAGCAGUACAAACUUUUCAAGGAGCACUUUUCCAGCAAGGAUCCCAACGUCAGGGUGACGGGGAUGUGUGGUGAUAUGGACCAUGUGCCCGUGCCCAGCCUCAUAGAGAAUAAUGAUAUUGUGGUGAUGACGGCUCAGAUCCUGGUGAACGCGCUGCAGAGCGCUGAGGUGCCGUCUCUGGAGAUCCUGUCACUCAUCCUGUUCGACGAGUGUCACAACACGACCGGAAAACACCCCUACAACAACAUCAUGACCCGCUACCUGGACACCAAACUCUCCAGCAGCACACACUCACUGCCACAGAUUGUGGGCCUGACCGCGUCGGUCGGCAUCGGUUCAUUCAAGAACGGACUGGAGGCAGAGAACAACAUCUUACAGCUCUGUGCCAACCUGGACACCAGGGUCAUCACCACAGUCACCCAGCACAAGGAUGAGCUCAAGUCAUACGUGCACACGCCUGAGAAAAUGUUUUUUGAGGUUCAACAGUGCACGAGUCACCCCUUCAUCAGAAUAAUCAAAAACAUCAUGAGUAACAUCGAGCAGCUGGCGCAGAAGACCUUCAACAUCGAGAACCUGUCGAACAUCCAGAACCGCGAGUACGGCUCGCAGAAAUAUGAGCAAUGGAUCGUCUCUGUUCAAAAGAGCUGCAAAGUCUUACAGAUGAAGAACGCAGACGAAGAGAGACGCAUCUGCAGAGAUCUCUACAACUACACUGAACACCUGCGGAAAUAUAACGAUGCUCUGAUCAUCAAUGAAGACGCGCGGACUAAAGAUGCGCUGGAUUAUCUGGACGCGUUCUUUGAUCAGGUCCGAAACGCCGGCUACGGCGAGACCGAGAGGAAGCUGACCGCGCUCUACGACUGUCAGCGGCCGCAGUUACUGCGUCUGGCCACCGAGGGGGAGCAGAACCCUAAACUCGAUGAGCUGAAGUUCAUCCUGGAGGAAGAAUACCACAAUAACGAUCAGACGCGCACCGUCAUGUUCGUCAAGACACGAGCCCUCGCCGACGCCAUGAAGAAAUGGAUCGACGAGACUGAUUCCCUGAAGUUCCUGAAGCCUGGAGUCCUGAUUGGAAAAGGACGGAAAUCCAACUUUACUGGAUCAGGAAUGACUCCGAACAAUCAGAGGGGGAUUCUGGAAUCCUUUAAGAGCUCUGAUCAGAGCAAGAUGCUCAUCGCCACAUCGGUCGCUGAUGAAGGCAUCGAUAUCCCACAGUGCAACUUGGUUCUGAUGUAUGAAUAUGUGGGAAAUGUGGUAAAGAUGGUGCAAGUUCGAGGUCGUGGUCGAGCGGAGGGCAGCCGGUGUUUCCUGAUCUCCAGUAAUAAGGAGCGCAUUGCGAAGGAGAAAAUAAACAUGUUUAAGGAGAAGAUGGUGGAGGAGGCCAUCGAGCAGCUGCAGAGCCGCCCCGCCGACCUCAGAAACAAGGUGGACAUGUUGCAGAGGGAAGACAAAGCCCGGAGGGAUCACAUCAGUGCCAGUCCCGAAAAACCCAAAACCCAGGGCAGUUACGAGCUCCUCUGCUGCAAGUGCAAGAGGUUUGCAUGCAGGAGUGACGACAUCAGAGUCGUGCAGGGCGCUCAUCACAUCGUUCUGGAUCGCUCAAUGUUCGAGCGCUGUACAACUGCUCCCCAUAAGAACCCAAGAUCCUUCUCGGGCUUCUGUAAGAAAGAGAAGAUGCUCUGUGCCGAGUGCAAGCAGGACUGGGGUCUCAUCGCCUCGUACCUCACCAUCCAGGAUCUGCCGCUGGUGAAGAUCGAGAGCUACGUGGUGCAGGAUUGUGUCACCGGCAGACAGCAGUACUUCAGGAAGUGGCGUGACGUUACGUUUGCCAUGCGUGAGUUUGACAUGACGGAGAUCACGGCUGAGACGUGGCGGCCGAGAGACUGAGGACCAUCACACACUCCUCCUGUGUGUGUGUGUGUGUGUGUGUGUGUGUGGAUCAAGGAAACUUACACUAAAAUAUCAUCCAAAAAUUAUUCAAAUAGGACUUUACCCAUCUUAUUCUAAUUGUAGGUAUUUUUUUAAUUUGAUGAACUGUGAUUGAGUAAUCCAGAUGAUAUGUUCUCUUAAGACCACACACACACACACACACACACACACACACACACACAAACACACACAAACACACACACACACACACACA